AUGCUGCUCCGAUCUGAAAUCUAGCCGUGCCUGUCGACUCAACAUUACCCCAGCACUCUUUACUUUCCGGGUUCUGCUCUGCGAUUACAGUAUACCGGCUUUUAUCAUUCAAGAAAAUUGUCACCAAUAGGGAUCUUUCUGAAGAUCAAGCCUCACACGAUCGCAUCCCUACGAGCGGUCUUGUCUAACAGAUUGAGUCGGUCGUAACUGAAUAACGACUCUACGCUACUCCACCGGUCGUGGUCCUUCCUACACCACACAGGCUUCGCAAUGGCCUUCAGUAACGUGCUCCGGGUCUUCCAGCCCCUGCGAACUUCUAUUCUCCGCACCCCCGCCUCAGCCACCCAACACCUCUCCAGACCUACGUUCCUCCAACGAUCAAUCGCCACGACGUCCCCCAAGUUCCUCGAGCAACAAACAGAGCAGCAGCCGCAGGAGCAACCACCCGUGGAGACAGCCACCCCGACCGCCGAUGCCCCUUCCUCGAGCGCCCAGACCGAGGUCCCUCCCUCGCUCCGCCAGUACGCCUACAAACUGAAAAAGGGCACCGUCAUAUCCGCCGGCCGCAUGGUGCGCACCGUCCGCGUCCUGCACUGGAACGUCGAGUGGGACGCUCAUCUCCGCAAGUACUACCGCAAGAAGGAGAUCAUCAUGGUCUCGGACCCUCGCGAGUCGCUGCGUGUCGGCGACGUGAUCGAGUUCUCGUCCGGGUACCCCAAGAGCCGCAACGUGCACCACGUCGUGGAGCGGAUCAUCGCCCCCUUCGCAGAUGCCAUCGAGGACCGGCCCGGCGUGAUGACGCGGGCGGAGCGAGACGCCGCGCGCGCGGAGAAGCGGACGGCCAAGUGGGAGCGCAGGGAGGCCCGCAUCCGCGAGGCGGGCGGCAACGUAAAGGGCGGUCCUUCCCCGGAGCACGUCGGGCGCAUCCGGAGGUUGAUCCAGGAGCGACAGGACUCGUUCGUGCCGCAGAUCGGGUUCAAGAGAGCGGAGAAUGCGGCGAAGAAGGCUGAGGAGGCUGCUAAGGCGGAGGCGGAGGCGGCUGCUAAGGCGGCUGCUGAGGAGGCUGCUAAGGUUAAGCCUGCUAAGGAUACGCCUGCUGCUAAGACUACAAAGAACUAAGGUGGGGGACUUGAGGGAGAAAGGGGAGUGAGAGAGUUUUUUUGUCUGAUUUACUUCUUCUCAUUGACUGUGUAUGGUUUGUAUGUAAACCUUGUGUAUAUUAUAGCUAUCUAUGUGGCAUACUGUGGAAUCUCAGUUCGAG